AUGCUUUCGAGACUAGUGAAAGAACAUAAUCAAAAACAACAGAGUGUAAGGCGGAAUAAUGAGCAACUUCGGAAAGAAGCCGUACAAUCAGUGAGCGAGGUGACUGAUUGUUUGGCAGAUACAUUAAACGAAAGAGUCGCAUCCAUUUUCAAAACACAACGUGAAAUUGAAUCUGAGGCCCGACGUCUCUCUACACAAUCUCUUAAAUAUACAAAGCAAACCAAACAAUGGUUAAAUAUGUUGGAUAGUUUUAAUUCAGCACUGAAGGAAUUGGGUGACGUUCAAAAUUGGGCAGAAGUAAUAGAAAAAGAUAUGAGAGAUAUAGCGAUGACUCUAGAAUUUGUUCAUAAAGGAACAAUGGAUGGUGAACCCGUUUCCAUAACAUCAACAUCAACAUCAAGUCCUCAAAAAUCUUGA